AUGCUAGAGUCUCGCGUCGGCGGGCGACAGCGUCCCCUUGAGCCAGUGCAUCUGGCCCAACCGGGCCAGCACCAGUACCACCCGACCAUGUCGUCGCGCCGCUCUCCCAGUGUUAACACCUUCAAUUCGGCAAUUUCUUCCUCUUCAUCCACCAUGGCCCCGCCCGCCGCCUAUCGCACCUCACCCACGAUGGAUUUGCAUCGCACGGCCUCCAAUCGCUCUGGUGGCGCCGCCAGCAUCUCACAAUAUAGCGGAAGCUCUUACGUAGCUCUGCUCAGGAAACAAAAAGCGACAGUUUGGUCCGAUCGGGCGCAGCCAGAAGACCCCAGAAUGGCAGCAGCCCAGCGCGCCGCCAAGAUGCGCGCCGCGGUGGAAAUGAAUGGUGGCAGGAGGGUCGACAGCGACGGCGUGUCAUACAGCGGAGGUGGUCAGGGAACCGGGCGCACCGCUACUGGUCUUUCGUCCGUUGGUGGCAAGGUCGGUGCCAAAAUUCGCCAUCAUGGCAAGCCCGGCGUGGUAGGCUACACCCCGGAUAACAACUACGCCGCAGGCGUCGGUGGCGUUCCGCUGCGGUUGAGCGCCACCGAAGUCGAGGGUGAAGACAGCGACGAAGACGACUACAACAGCCCGAUGUCGAGGAAUAUGGCACACCACCGAAGGACAGGCAGCUCAGGGCGCUCCAGCACGGCCUCGGGACGUCUGCGGCAUCAGCAGUCGCAACCAGGCGGCAGCCUCACGUACCGGACCUCUGGUCGUCUCGGAUCAAUGGGCAGCGCCGCCGGUCGGCGUUGGUCACCAGGCGACACGCCGGAGCGGACCGGGAGUCUCGUGGAAAACGAGCAAUCGCGCAUGUCGACCAUGGCCUCUACGAAUUACCCCGCCGAUGAAACUCGCAGCUUUGCCAGUGGCAGCAGUGCAGAGCGCGCCGACGCGGUCCCUGACAUGGCUGCGCAGAACCGGGCCAAGAACAGCGCCCAGAACGCGGCCUUGACCAGGGAGAAGAGCGUCAAGACCGUCGACGAGCUCAAGAGGAGAGGCAGCGUCGACGAGAGGACCAUGACGUUGACGGGAAGCGCUGGUAGGCUGUUCAUCGCUAAUCCUGACUGA